AUGCUAUAUUUAAUAGUAAUAUUGUGCGUUGCUCAUUCUUCGGCUUAAUUUGGAUCUGAAUACUAUUCGGAAUGGUAAUCAGGAGUAGAUCGAACAAUCAAUAAAUAAUAAGAGUUUACAAACCCUUCCUUUCCCAUUAGGUAAUAUACCUAAAUAGUGUUCCCAAGAAGAUUUAGUGCUCGCCCAUAAGUCUUAUUAAUGCAUGAGGAGAUUUAAUGGAGUAAAGGGAAAAAUAUUAAUUACUAAACAUUUGUAUCAGACAUAACAAUAAAUGGGUUUUACAUAAACUACGUAAUUUGGGGACCUGCGAUAGUACCAAUACUGACAGUUAGGUGGAUUGCAGUUGUGGAUGAAGAGGCUGAAAUUUAAUAUGUGCAAUAUUCAUAUGAGGAUUUGUAUCAACUUAGACAAGGUUUUGGGUAAAGAGCUUAAGACUUUGUGAUUUCAUAUUACCCGAAGUACCCAGCCCCAAAAGUGACAGCAUUUAUUGUCGGUGGAGACUUUGAAAUUAUAGAUUCAUUGUACACAAGCAUAUAGAUUGUGUUGGGAAUCCCAACUACUUCCAGUAUGGAUGUAAGGUUUUCCACCAGAGAUUUCUGUCAUGUGAGAUCUUUGACGGUCGCCUAUUUCAUCUCAAAUAAUUAUUUAACACUGGCUGGGUCUGUUGGAGCAUAUCACAACUAUUUCAAUCAAUAUCUUGAUAAUUCUAAUAAGAUAGCUGUCAGAGCUUAAAAAUUCACAAGAAUAGUACCAUCUAUAUAUACAUUGGAACCAGGAAACAAUAUUCUAGCCCAAGGAAUCAGUGGAUUUGAUGUUAAUACUCAAGUCGGUUCAGCUUAUCUAAGAGUAACCUGUGAGCCUAUGAUAUCUUAUUCAUCAACCUAUACAUUAAUAUAUGGAACUAGGGGUGAAACUUUGCUAUCUUUUAUGUAGGCUAGUUAUGUCCUACAUCCACCAGGUUCUCCGUAUCACUAUUAUUAUAAAAACUAUGAUUGGGUUGUUCUUAAAGGGGAUUAAGUGGUUCUAAAGGAGAAGGUUUAAGUAGAGAAAAAGAUUAGUGAAUUAGAUAUUAAAUGA